AUGUUUAAUUUUAUACCUUCAUUGACACCCAAGGAUCGUAUAAUAUACUCAUAUAUCGCACUUGCCUAUUUUUCUGAGGAUUUUUCAUUUUAUGCUUCAUUACAAUCUGGGCUCUUCUUGCAAGAUCAAAAAUUCAUAACAGCAAGCGAUGCUUCUAAUAAUGAUUUCGAUGAAGCUACUGAACAGAGAGAAUCUAAUAAAGAAAAUGAUAUCAAUGAUAAUAUCUUUUUUGCAUUUUUAGAUGAAAUUAAAGCAGAUUAUAAAAAUUCUGGCUCUCACUUACGUAUUGCGCUCAACAAAUUUGCAGAACAAUAUCCUUUAUUCAUUAUGCAUGUAUUAACUGUAGAGUGA